AUGUUAGCCAAUCUUGAAGAACUUUAUAUUGGGGGAAACAGACUAAGUGGAGUCGUACUAACAUAUAUCUCCAAUGCUUCAAGACUUGCUCAUUUAGACCUUACAUCUAACCAGUUCACAGGUGUAAUUCCUCGUUCUCUUGGUGACUUGAGACUUCUAAAAAUUUUGUGUCUUGCGAACAACAGUUUUUCCUAUGAAUCUCAUUAUGGGGAAUUAAGCUUUUUGAAUUCCCUGUCAAAUUGCAAAUAUCUAAAUGUGUUGUGGCUAAAUGAGAUUCCUUUCAAUGGGUUUCUUCCAGUUUCUGUUGGAAAUCUUUCUAGUAAUCUGGAAUCUUUUUAUAUGAAUGAUUGUGGACUUUAUGGACAAAUACCAAGUUCCAUAGGAAAUUUAAGUAACUUGGCAGACCUGAAUUUGUCUCAGAAUGCCCUGGAAGGGACAAUUCCACCAACCUUUGGAGGGCUAUUGAAACUUCAGGAAAUGGAUCUUGGAUAUAACAAAUUUCAAGGACCCUGUCCUAGUGAAUUAUGUUAUUUAUUGAACUUAGGACGAUUAAGUUUGAGCAGCAAUCUGCUUUCUGUGGUUCUUUAUCCUCUGAAAAAUUUGAAGGCACUAAUGAUUGUGGACCUGUCUGUCAAUAACUAUUUUGGAGAUAUUCCCAUUGCCAUAGGAGCACUACAGAGUUUACAGGCACUAUCCUUGAAGCAUAAUAGGCUGCAAGGAUUUAUUCCGGAAUCUAUGAAGAAUAUGUUGGAAUUACAGUAUCUGGAUUUGUCAUUUAACAAUUUGACUGGUGAAAUUCCCAGUUCACUGCAAGUACUCCAGAAUCUUGUAUACUUCAAUGUGUCCUUCAACAGAUUUAGAGGACCAAUUCCACAUGGAGGACCUUUUGCCAAUUUUACGAAGCUAUCUUUUCUCUCAAACGAAGCAUUGUGUGAUGCUCCUUGGCUCCAACCUUGUCAAACUUUUGAACAAAGUUCAAGGAAAAAGACAGUCUUGUUUGUGUUGUUGGCACUGUUGGAUCCUUAA